AUGGAUGGCAACGGAGAGGACGAGUACUCUGCAGGUGAGAAGGAAGCAAUUUUCCUUCAUCCUGCAGAUCGCCCAGAAAAGGAUGCUACCGGGAUUUCAGUUCCCAAUUCUGCAUCGAACCGGGCAUCUAAAAUGGCCGGUGAGGUCCGCGAGCGCCUUGUACUCUUGUCUGAAGAGUCACCGUCAGCCGAGAGACUGGCAUCUGAUCGAUCAGGCAUACCAGAUCCGUUUCCUGAUGUACAGAUCCCCGCUACUCAGUCACCUUGUGACGCUUCUUCUAGUUCUGAAAAUGGCGGAGUCGACAUAAAAGAUCCCCCCAUUUUUUCAGGCGGGAAUGAAAUCCGUGACACUUCAUCGGGUAUCCACCCGGGCCCCGGAUUCCUCUCCUGUUCGAUAUCCUCGGAUUCGCUGGUGUACUCAACGAGCAGCUGCCCACCGCGACAGGAUACAGACCAGCAAAACGGAACCAGUGCGCGUGUCUCUGAAGCAGAUAGCCGACGCAGCAGUACCUCUGAGGCUCCUCGCUGUAUGUCUGAUUCACCAUCCCCUAGAAGUCCGCCCGUCUUUCCGACUACGCCGGAAGAAAGGGGUCGGAACUCUGGAAGUUUCCCAUCAUCUCGUCCACUGAUGCCGGGCAUUUCAAACAGCCCCCGGAGGUCCGAGCAACCUCUUACGUCUUCUCGCGCCCUGGAAACUGCAUCGGCCGAGCCAGAGUCCCAACACUUGAGCCCCUCAAUGAGACAGCCGCUGACCACUCAUCCAGGCAACGGCGCUGAUGAACGACUGGUGCACACCAGUACAUGGGUCCCUGUUGGUGAUCUCUCCGGAAAGAAAAUGGAAUAUCCGGUCGAGUCGCUGCGUCUUCAGAAUCUGGAUCAGCUGAUCUGGCGAGUCAGGCUCGUGAGAGAGGUGCUUGCCGGACUCAUAGGGAUGCAGGCUGUUUUUUCCCUGACCAGCUUUGUGUUUGAUAAUGCAGCUGCCGGCAUCGUUGCGCUCUUCUGCAUGCUCUGCAGCGUCUUCGCCCAUGCUGACCGACGGCCGGCAUCCUACCUGCUUACUUGCUUGCUGGCGCUGGCGCUCGCAUCGACUGUACUUGCGUCGCUCUGUACUCGUGUUUACGGCUUCGAGCCGUACUACGUAGACGUGACUCUGCACCGAGUGAGCAUAGGUCAGAUUGCAGUUCUGCUUUUGGUGAGUAUCAGCACCGCGAUUCUCACUUACCAGACCAUCAGUUUGCAAAAAGCGCAGAGGAGGAAAGCAGAAAACAGCACUCAUGGAGGUGACCAGAUGGUACUUCCUGGAGUACUGUCCAAUGUUCUACUACAGCGAGGCACCUCAAAUGCUCGUUAUAUUCUGCGAUCAGCUGAAUCCGCUGCUGCGGCAGCGAAGGUGGAAGGGACAGUGGGAAUCAGCAUUCCACCGGCUCUCCAAGAAGAGGACGAUGAAGCGGAGACCAACACUGACUGCAGUUUUGAUCGCCGAGAGUCUGUCUGCGUGCAAAGGGAAGGUGCUUCUCGUCUCGGGAGCACUCUGCCGCCUGCGUAG